UUUUCGGUCGUUGCGAGGAUUCCUAACAUUCCGGGUAUUCCGGGUACUCCGGUUCCGGUUCCAAAUUCCAGAAUUUCUUGUUUUCCAAUGCCCAUGUGCUCGUAUCACGUGAGAAGAGAUUACGUUAUAUAAAAUUAAUGAAGUGUUACAUAUAGUAGGUUCGCCGGCACGAACGGACGGAAAUGUCAGCUGAAGUAAAAGAGGGAGCGAAGCCAGGAUCUAGAGCUGUCAAAGUAACAGCUAAGAAACACAGAUGGUAUCUCGGUGGCAUCGCUUCGGCUAUGGCGGCUGCCUGUACCCACCCGUUGGAUCUGCUAAAGGUUCAUCUGCAAACUCAGCAGCAGGUUACACAGAGGUUGUCAUCCAUGGCUGUUCAUGUAGUACGGACACAAGGUGUUCUGGCCCUCUACAAUGGACUAUCUGCUUCUCUCACGAGACAGCUCACGUAUUCCACAACACGUUACGGAUUGUAUGAAGUAGUGUCAGCUGAACUUCGAAAAGGAGAUGCCCCACUACCAUUUUAUCAGAAAAUUGCUGUCGGAGCUAUGUCAGGUUUUGUGGGUGCAUUCGUUGGAAAUCCUGCAGAUAUGGUGAAUGUGAGGAUGCAAAAUGAUGUUAAAAUAAUGGAUGUUACCAAGAGAAGAAAUUACAAGCAUGUGUUUGAUGGUCUAUACAGAACAGCAACAGAAGAGGGUAUUGCUACGUGGAUGAAGGGUGUCCAAAUGACGUCAUUUAGAGCUGUACUGAUUACCGUGGCCCAGGUGUGUGUUCAUCUGCAAACUCAGCAGCAGGUUACACAGAGGUUGUCAUCCAUGGCUGUUCAUGUAGUACGGACACAAGGUGUUCUGGCCCUCUACAAUGGACUAUCUGCUUCUCUCACGAGACAGCUCACGUAUUCCACAACACGUUACGGAUUGUAUGAAGUAGUGUCAGCUGAACUUCGAAAAGGAGAUGCCCCACUACCAUUUUAUCAGAAAAUUGCUGUCGGAGCUAUGUCAGGUUUUGUGGGUGCAUUCGUUGGAAAUCCUGCAGAUAUGGUGAAUGUGAGGAUGCAAAAUGAUGUUAAAAUAAUGGAUGUUACCAAGAGAAGAAAUUACAAGCAUGUGUUUGAUGGUCUAUACAGAACAGCAACAGAAGGUUUCCAUUUCAUUUUCAGGAUGCAAAAUGAUGUUAAAAUAAUGGAUGUUACCAAGAGAAGAAAUUACAAGCAUGUGUUUGAUGGUCUAUACAGAACAGCAACAGAAGAGGGUAUUGCUACGUGGAUGAAGGGUGUCCAAAUGACGUCAUUUAGAGCUGUACUGAUUACCGUGGCCCAGGUAGCCUGUUAUGACCAAACAAAACAAUUGUUACUCACGACAGGAUAUUUCAGUGAUAACAUGUUAACACACUUUACUGCAAGUUUCAUAGCGGGUACAAUAGCUACUGGCAUCACACAGCCUGUUGAUGUAAUGAAGACAAGACUCAUGGAAGCAAAACCAGGACAGUACAAGAGCAUUAUGCAUUGCGUGCUUCACACAGCAAGGCUUGGACCAAUGGGAUUUUACAAGGGUUUUGUCCCAGCCUGGAUCCGUUUGGAACCUUACACAAUUUUGACAUGGAUGUUCCUCGAACAGCUUAGAGUGUUCUUUCCCUUGAAGCAGUCAGAGUGAUGUAAUCAGAUUCACGGUUAAUAAUCUUAAUACAGGGAUCGGAAUACGGUAUUUUCUCGGUUGACAUGUGGCAUCUCACCCGAUUAGUUUGUAGCUGUUUUGCUGGCAAAUACAGCUAUUUCUUAAUUAGCAUAUACCCAUUGGUGAAUGUCUGUGGGUUCCUCACGCCAAUCGGAAAAUGUCUACCAUCGGUAACCAAUCAAAUUUGGGCGUCUUUUUAACUGUCAUAAGGCUGAAUCCGCUGCGGCCACUAGACCUGGAGACCCUUCCUCCUGGCAGCCACGUAUUCUGAAUAGCUGUGAUUUUGUAGUGUCAGUUUAUUUGAAAAUCAGCGAGCAAACUCAGAAAACCUGCACGAUAUCCAUAGUACAUGUUGCAGACCAUAUUUAAAGUUGGAAAAUUGUAGCUGCUUAAACGUGUUAGAAAUUUCAAAUUGUGAAAAGAAAAACCAAAGCAAUAAUCAAAACAAAACAGACAAAAGAAGUACAUAAGUUUUGAGCGUUCCGUUACUGGUGUUUCUUUUUUUAAUAUUUCUUGCCUUACUAGCUGUACAAAGAAAUCAUCAGACCAGGACCAUCUUUGUCUCCCCCCUCCCCCCACCCCUCCCUGCGACAGGAACAAGACAGGCAAUUGAAAUUGCAUUACAGUUUUUAGGCAUUGGUCAUUGUUAUCUUUACACAUUUUUUAAAAUAAGAAAGGCCUUUUUUGAUGGGAAAUCAAACGAAAGCGCCGGAUUAACUAUAUUGUGGAGAGACUUUUCUUAAAACUUUUAAAGAGCUGGUUUUUGGAAAUUUCCAAUAAUUUCAGCGGUCUAUUUAGAAGAGAAGAAACAACUCUCUAUUUGUGCGUCAAUAUAUUUAUAUAAGGUCAUAGAAAGAAACGAAAUUAUGCACAUUGCUCAUCUGUGAAUUUACUAAUAAAAUAGACUUAAAUAUUAUUGGAUAGCAUUAUAAGAGUAAGAUAAAAUGCGAAAUAACGCGUACUAAUGCGUACUAACGGCGGAAUAUUACUGUUGAAAGAAUAUUUUCUUUUUUUCUUUCAAUUAUUUCAUCAACACAUCAAUAUGGUCAUGCACUGUUAUCUAGUGCUUUAUUCUUAUUAAAACAUACGGAGAACACAAAAAUCGA